GGCUAGUUAAUUUCUAGUGGACUUUUUUUUUUCCCCCACAUGACACGCCAGAACCAGAAGCAAGCGCGCGCACAAGACGUCUGGUGAACAUCUGCAUGACUGAGGAUCGCAUCUCGCUCCACGACUCGCCAUGAAUGCAACGAUCUUCAACAGCACUCUGUUUGCGCACGGCGCUCUGCUUAACAGCAGUCAGCAGCUCGCGGGCACGCUGGUGGACGAGGUGAGCGCGAGCGACGGCGGCGGCGCCGGUGGAGGAUCUCUGGUGCUCGAGCCGGACGAGCGCAAGUUGUUCGUGACGCGCGCCGUGCAGAUCGCGGUGCUGUGCGUGCUCUCACUCACGGUCGUCUUCGGAAUCUUCUUUCUCGGCUGCAACCUCAUGAUCAAGUCCGAGAGCAUGAUCAACUUCUUGGUGAAAGAGCGGCGGCCGUCUAAAGACGUCGAGGCGGUGAUGAUCGGACUCGGGUAACAGCGCCGAGCGCGAGGACAGAUCUGUGCACUCGGGGCGGAGGAUCGCCGCGCGCCAGGUUUCAUGUUCUGCAGCGCGAGGAUAUGGAACUCGUUCGUUUCGUCGUUUGCGUUUGUCGAGGAAAAGCUGAACGAGACUUUCAAGUGUCCUUAAAAGUCUCAUUCAUUACAAUGACUGUCACAGAAAUGGAAUUUGCACGCUGAAAAUAUUGAGAAUGUAUCGAUGUUUAUGAAUGUUUAAUUUUUUUUUUUAAAUAUAUAUAUAUAUAUAUAUCUGUUAUGUUAAAAUUCAUAUUCGAGUUAGUUUGUUGCAUUCGGGGUGUUUGACCUUUACAGUGAAAAUAUGUUUACACGGUUUUUACCUCAAGUGCAAAAAGAGAACUAUUAAAACUUUUAUCUUCCAAAAUGCAUGCAGCUGAAUGGAGUAAAUGUAGCCUAUGCAUCUGGCACCGUGGGUGUGUUUAUUUUUGAAAGAUGUUUAAGUGUAUUUUUUUUUUUAAGGAAAUAUUUAGCAUCAUUAAUAUUUGCACGUUUUCCUACGAGUCCUUGGGUUCUUUGCUGGAGAUGCAGCAUGUGCGAUGCUCUUUCUGAGUUUUCUGUCUUGCACUUUCUUAUGAAACUUCAAUGCUGCUGCAUGAACUGUUUUGUACAUAACGAUGAAACUUGAACUAGUCCAGCGUGUGUCAAUAAAUUUAACCUUUCAAUGUUGCUUCAAUAUUUUCAUCUUUUUAUUGUACUUGUGGACUUUAUUUUAUAACAGCCCAAGUUCCAA